AUGGCUGCAUCCGCCCCGAACCUCCAGGCCCUCCCUUCGUCCAUGGGGGCCUGGAAACUCGACGCCUUCGGCUCCCCAUACGAACUGCCCAAGCCCGAGGACCCGAACGAUAUCCUCAUCAAGGUCAACGCAGCGUCCUUCUGCCACACGGAUGCCAUUCUUGCCUCUGGCAAAUACAUUAACGCGGGCGGGCCGCCGCUCGAGUUCUCUGGCACCGUGGUCCAGUCCAACUCCCCGGACUUCAGCCCUGGAGACAGGGCCGGUCGUUCCACCCUUGUGGAAACUGCGUCAAGUACCGAGGCGAGGCGGAUACCUUUCAAGAUCUCGAAGUGA